AUGAACGGUGACAGCGCCCUCAAACGAAUACUACAUAUUGAAGAGGGCCAGCAUUACUUCCUCAAACCCGGCGACGAGCUACCGUACAAACUACUACGCAAUUUGGGACAAGGAGGUUGCGCCAAUGUAGAAGAGGUUGAGGACCAAUAUACCGGUAGGGUCUUUGCCCGGAAGGUCUUUCGAAUUGGUGGUUCUUCUGCUGAGAGAAAGCGGAUUUUCGAAAAUGAGAUCAGAGUCGUUCAGCGGCUGGCCCCUCAUCAUCAUAUUACUCGAAUUUUCGCUACAUACGUGGGGAGGCGUGAAGUAGGUCUCCUGCUAACACCGGUCGCCAAUCGCGGUUCCCUCGACGCAUUUCUGCAAGAUGCGCAUGAGGGUCUUCUCACACCGGCCGAGCUAGACAUUUUGAACAACUCCUUCGGGUGCCUUGCUAGCGGGCUAGAAUUCAUGCACGCUCAAAGGGUGCGACACAAAGAUAUCAAACCUCACAACAUUCUUGUACACAAUAAUUCUUUGAUAUACACGGACUUUGGGUCGUCACUGGACUACAGUGCAAAUACGCGGAGUAUCACAACUGGUCGCCCUGAUUCGAUAACCCGCAAGUACGCUGCUCCGGAGGUGCACGAUUGGUCGCCACGCAGUUCCAAAACAGACAUAUUCUCGCUCGGUUGUGUCUACCUUGAGAUCCUCAGCGCACUUUUCCUUGGCCCAUUAGACGUGGACAUGACCCCCUAUCGGGAUCAUACUGAAGCGAUCCUCGCGCUCAUGCGAACAACUAGUCCUAGCUGUGAUACUUGGAUCCGGGUUGUUAUUGAAACAGCUUGUCAAAUGCUCAACAUCGAGCCUGGAGCACGGCCACCUGCCGAGAUGAUCACGAAAGAGCUAUGGAUGUGCUGGCCAAACGCAUUCUGUGACGGGUGUUGCAUGAAUCUAUCGGCAUACGCACAAGCAGGGGACCUGUCCAACUCGAUAUUUGAUUCCUCAACAACUCAGUCCAGCUGGUACAGCCAGCACAUACCUGUGUUUGAUGACAUGCACAACAUGCAGCGAUCAGCAACAGAUGAUGUUUACGAGAGCUGGAUGAAUAGUGCCUUGCAUCAACAGCCAUCAGUGCUGGAAGUAGACCAACGGCCAACAAACUCAGUGCAACAGCUGUCUGUAGGCCCUUAUCGUCCAGUAGUACCUUUGUUUUACUCAGAGGACUUUGCAAACCCAUGGAAAUAUUCAUCUGCAUCGGCCAAUGAGCGACUAGAAGAUGGUGAUCUACUCUCACCCACCAUAUCCUUACCCAACAAUUCGGUGUCUUUUUCCGCUUGGGAGCCCUACAACCUUGGAAGACCACAGCCCUCUUCCGUUCAGACGGAGCAUUAUCCAUCCGACGUGGCAGAUUCUGGCCGGUCCCCCAGACGGUGGGUGUACUAA